AUGCCUGCUCUCGUAUCGAGUGAAGAAACUUUCAGGAUUCUUAUGCUACAUGGGUAUGCCCAGUCGAGAGAAGCCUUCAAGGUGAAGGGGCGUCUACUUAUGCAACACAUAAGUCAAGCUCUUCUGCCGCAGAUAACAGAGGAAUAUGCUGGGGGUAUAGAGUUCAUCUUCCCCGACGCACCAAUCUCCCUGAACGAAGUCCUUGCCGACGAGCAAGAUCACCAUAGUGGCGUCAACCGCCGCGCUUGGUGGCUGAAUCUAGACAACACCAGCCGAUAUAUAGGCUUGGAAGAUACCAUCGUCACCCUGGCUCAGUCACUUGGAGGGCGGCCAGGUCAUGCCGCCGUAGGGUUCUCCCAAGGGAGUGCCUUCGCAGCCAUGAUUGCCUCGCUUUGUGAAGCCACGCACAAUCCCGGGAAGAGAAGAGUGCUCGAAGCCCAGGGGCUACCAAUGAAUUUAUCCUUGAAAAUAUUCCCGGCCAGCGUCCUCUGA